AUGGAGUUUAUGAAAAAAGCAAUUGUUGAGGCAUGUGAAGGGGUUGAAAAUGGUGAUGGUGGACCGUUUGGAGCCGUUAUUGUUCGAGACGGUUCCAUUAUAGCAACCGGUCAUAACAUGGUACUUAAAACGAAUGAUCCGACGGCUCACGCUGAAGUGACCGCAAUUCGGAAUGCAUGUGCGGUAUUGAAUGACUUUGAUCUACGCGGUUGUCAGCUGUACACAUCGUGCUAUCCAUGUCCAAUGUGUAUGGGUGCUGCGCUAUGGUCACGAGUUGAUGUCGUUUAUUAUGCUGCAACUCCUGAUGAGGCAGCUCAAUCCGGAUUUGACGAUAAGACUUUCUACGAAUUUCUUGCGGAUCCGAAAUCGAAUGGUAAGCACAUGAUCCAGCAAAUACGCGCUGAUAACACAAUGCAACCAUUCAAUAACUGGCAACAGAAGGAAACCAAGGUUCAAUACUAA